AACGUGUUAGCAGAAAAUUUGUGGAUUUAACGGGAAUUUUUUUUCUUUUUUUGGUUAAUAACGCAACCAAACCGAGCAAGGGGACAACCGCUGGUUUACCGAGUUGGAGUUUAUAGGAAGAUUUUCUUCACUGUGUGGUUUUCUUCUCACACCCAGGACCGGAAAAGAGCGUUUUACCCCUCAAGACAGCUGGCUUGCGGCCCCCCCGCACCGAUUUGCGCUUGAAGUUGAGUGUUUGUCUGGUGUGAGGUACAAAUUCCCACAUUCUUGGCAGUAGAUGAACGCCUCAUCAGACCACAUAACCGACCCAGCUUUCUAACGUUAGCGAGGUGGCUAACAGGAUUUAGCUGACUGGAGCUACGUUGCAUCGCAGCACGGAGAAAUUCCCACAGAAGACACGACGAGCUCGCAGUUUACUGACAGUAACUUUGUGUUACCCUACGCGUUGAGACACACAGCAGGAGCACAAUGCCAGAGCCAGCUGAGAUGAGCGGUCCAGAGGUGGCUAAGACACCAGGAGGCGGAGCUCCAGAAAAGGAAGGGAAAGAGCCGGUUGCCAAUGGCCAUGCGGGAGAAAACAAUGACGCCAACCCGUUUGCUGAAUACAUGUGGAUGGAGAAUGAGGAGGAGUAUAACAGACAGGUAGAGGAGGAGCUGUUGGAGCAGGAAUUCUUGGAGCGCUGCUUCCAGGAGAUGUUGGAGGAGGAGGACCAGGAUUGGUUCAUCCCUUCGCGCGACCUCAACAACCAGGGGGUGGGGCAGCUGCAGCAGCAGCUCAACGGCCUGUCGGUCAGCGAUCACCACAACAACCUGGAGGAAGUGGCGAGGAAGAGCAUCUUGAAUCCUGAAGCAAAGGAGUUUGUCCCGGGGAAGAAAUACUAGGAGUCCCCCUCACCCCCAUGGAGCC